GAUUCAUGCUCGACGCCGGAAAAGGAAACGUCACGUGUAAAUUGAGGACUGUUUUAUUUAUUAUGUGUGGUACUAUUUGUUUAUGGUUAGGUAUACUAUAUGUGAGGGUAUGAUUGAGAGUGGCAGGGGAGAACAAAAACAAAAUUAGCAAGCAGAAAGCAGAGGAUGUGCAAACUUAAAAAGCUGGAUGAAAAUAUGGAAGACGGGACAUCAAGUGACACGGAUGAUGAUGUAAGCAUAAGCAGUGAGACUGACAGUGACAGCAGUGAUAGUACCAAUGAAAUUGUCGACAGUACUAACACAGUGCCAGUAACACAUAGUGAAAACGAAGAAGACGACGAGGAUGAAGUUGUGAAAGCAAUUAGAAAAGAACGAGAGAAAUGCAGAGAACAUCCACCAGAUAUCCAGUCAGAAGACUUCGUUGUAGAUAUUUCUUUUCAUCCUCAAAAUGAUAUUAUUGCAGCUGCUACUAUAACAGGAGAUGUGAUUUUGCACAAGUACACAAAUGAAAGUACUGAAAUACUUAACACCUUGGAACUGCAUACAAAAGCUUGCAGAGAUAUAGAGUUCAGUAAGGAUGGAAACAUAUUGUAUUCAUGUUCGAAGGAUAAAUCAAUCAUGAUAUCUGAUUGUAAUACAGGGAAGCUGAAACAGUUUUAUGAUAAUGCUCAUGAUGAUCCAUUAUAUUGCUUACUAGUUAUGGAUGAAAAUCUUUUGGCUUCAGGAGAUGAUAAUGGAACGGUCAAAUUGUGGGACAUAAGGAAGAGUGAUCCAAUCUGUUCGCUGAAGGAAAUGGACGAUUAUGUUAGCUGCAUGGCUACAACUGAAGUCCAGAAGUAUCUGGUUUGUACAAGUGGUGAUGGGACAAUUACUUCUUUAGAUCUUCGUAACAGAAAACUUCAUAUUCAGUCUGAAGUGUAUGAAGCUGAACUAACCUCAAUGGCAAUAAUGAGAAGUGAGACCAAGUUACUGGUUGGAUCAUCAAACGGAACACUAUACCUUUUCAACUGGGGAGAGUUUGGAUAUCAUAGUGAUGAAUUUCCAGGCAUUAAACAUGGCAUCAACUGUCUGCUGCCAGUGACUGAAAAUAUUGUUGUAUGUGCAUGUGAAGAUGGGGUUCUCAGGGCAACACAUCUGUUCCCACAACGACAUUUGGGUGUAGUGGGCCAACACCAGUUGUCUGUCGAAUCACUUGACAUCUCUAAUGAUGGACAAUUCAUUGCAUCUUGUUCACAUGAUCAGAAAAUUAAAUUCUGGAAUGUUAAGUACUUUGAGGACAUUCAAGUUGAUGGCAAAAGAAAGGCUAAGAAAGCUGAACUUCAUCACAAUCUUCCAUCAUCUAAAUGUACAAAUGUAUCAGAUUUCUUUUCAGGGCUAAUUUAAUGCAGUGAGAAUCCAACGAAACAUUACUAUGUAGAAUUUGCUUUUUCUUCAAUCUUGGUUUUCGUUUAUGUCAGAAGUAAGAAAAAUUAUGUACAGGAAAGUACUGCCAGUUCCUGAGAACAUGGAAUAAAGAGCUCCAUAUGGUAACUGUGUAAUGCAGUAAAAUAUAUAAUAAAUUCAAGCUUGCAAAAAUCA